AUGUCUCCAACAAGAUCAUUAUCCGAGUUAGCUCAGCUGAUCCAAAUCCGGACAGUCUCUAUCGAGGGCGGGUUGAAAUCUGCAGGCAUUCCACAACCAUCCUUUGACGCUGCAGCUCCAGCGGUAUUGCCGAUCGGCUCCGAGCUUGAAGAUAUCCGUGAUGAUUUGAUAGAAGCUCUCGACGAGCUGCGAGCCCUGGUGCUCGGUCCUGUCGGCCAUCUCUUUUCGUCCAUGCUUCCCGUGCCCGCCAUCAAUGCAACACUGCACGGCAUCUACCGCUUCCGCAUCGCACAACACCUCGGCCCAAACGAGACUAUAUCGCACUCCCAGCUCGCGGAACGCUGUGGAUUGCCCGAGGCGGACCUGCGCCGCUACCUCCGCAUGGCCACGUCGCUGCGCCUGUUUGACGAGCCCGAAAAGGGCAUGGUGCGCCACAAUGCUCCGUCGGCGUUCCUGGCCGCGACGCCGCCCGCGCACGACAUGCUGGGCAUGCUGCUCCAGGAACAAGCGUCUGCGGGGCUGGUGCUGGCCGACACGCUGCAGCGUUAUCCGGGGUCGGAGGAGCCGGGUGAUGCGGCAGGCGUGGCCGCUCUCCUGGGGACGUUUGCACCAAAGCAAGGGGACGACGAGGGGGCAGCAGCCGUCAGAACGGAUUACUACUCGGCCAUUUCGGGGGACCCGGAGAGGGUGUCUAUGGUGGCCAGUGCCAUGUCGCUUGCAAGUAAGAUACCUAGCCACGAUGUUCGGCAUUUCGUCGAGGGCUGCGGGUGGGAUAAAAGCCCCGAGUCAUGUCCGCGGAAGGUCGUGGACAUUGGCGGCUCCGAGGGCAGGUUGUGCAUGGCGCUCUUGCAGAGAUUUGAUGGAAUCCAGGAGGCUAUUUCCCUCGACAGACCGGAAGUGGUGGAGGGAACCGAAGUGCCAGAGGCGUUACGAGGACGCUUGAGUUUUGGCGCGUACGAUUUCUUUGAGGAGCAAGCGGUGAAGGAUGCGGACGUCUACAUAUUCCGCAAUAUCUUUCAUAAUUGGUCAGACAAGUACGCAGUGCGCAUGCUGAGGAACCAAAUCCCAGCCUUGAAACCUGGCGCCAGACUAUUUGUGAAUGAGGCCUGUCUCCCUGAGCCUGAUGCAUCGAGAUUGGUAAAGAACCAGAUUGCUUGGGGAUCAGACUUGAUCAUGAAGAUGAUCUUCAAUGCUCAAGACCGUAGCAAAGAGGACUGGUAUGGACUCUUUGCCAAAGCUGAUGCCAGGUUCAAAGUUGUCUCGAUCAACACGCCUCCUAGGUCAGCUUUGGCUGUCAUUGAGGUGAUCUGGGAGGGAUAA